CAAUGUGUUUAAGGUCGCGCGUUGACGAUUUCUCAAAAGUGCAAGUUGUUCAGCAAGAAUAAGAAGUUGUUGUUUUCCCUCCACGGCAAGUCGCCUCAUCUCAAUUCAAUUUCAGCAUAGAAUCCACAAGUAAAGAUGUCCAUCCUCGCGUACAACGGUGGCUGCGUGGUGGCCAUGAAGGGCAAAAACUGUGUGGCCAUCGCCACCGAUCACCGGUUCGGCGUGCAGGCCCAAACCAUCGCGACAGACUUUGAGAAGGUGUUCGAAAUCAAUCCCCACAUGUAUCUCGGCCUGGUCGGGCUGCAGACAGACAUCCUGACGGUGUACCAGCGGUUGCUGUUCCGCAAGAACCUGUACGAAGUGCGGGAGAACCGGCAGAUGACACCGGAGCGAUUCGCCGCGAUGCUGUCCAACUUCCUGUACGAGAAGCGCUUUGGGCCGUACUUCAUCGAGCCCGUCAUUGCGGGGCUGGACCCGAAAACGUACGAACCGUUCAUCUGCAACAUGGACCUGAUCGGAUGCCCGAACUUGCCGAACGAUUUCGUGGUCGCCGGCACCUGUGCGGAGCAGCUGUACGGUAUGUGCGAAACGCUCUGGAAGCCGGACCUGGAGUCGGACAGCCUGUUCGAGGUGAUCUCGCAAGCGCUGGUGAACGCGUUCGAUCGCGAUGCCAUCUCCGGCUGGGGCGCGACGGUGUACAUAAUCGAGAAGGAGAAGAUCACGGUGAAGAAGCUGAAGACGCGCAUGGAUUAAUUUUGGCCGCUGGCAAGCAAUUUGCUUUGGUGGGCAGGGGAGAAGGAGUUCUUACACAUUAUAUGGGGAGCUUUGUUUACUUGGUAAUACUUUCCGUUUUCAUUUAAGCUCGAUCAAUACGUUUGUAAUACGAUCAAUAAAACACGUCAACGACGGGGACGAUCCUCUGUUUGCGAAGACGGUACGCGAAA